UAAUUCUCACAGCCAUUGUUGUGGUUUUUGUCUCUGUGUACCUUUUGUGCUCCACGGAUAAUUCUAUGUAAAUGUUUGAGUUCAUGGUUCUUUACUUUUGGAAAGUUUGGUUUCUUCCUUCUCUUCUUUUAUGCAAUAUGCUCCUUUGGAUGCUUGAAAAUGGCUCUCUAACUUUAUUUCAUGACUUUUGGAAAGCUGGGUUCUCUCUCUCAUGAUCUAAUUCUCACAGCCAUUGUUCUGGUUUUUGUCUCUGUACGCUCCACAGAUACUCUAUGUAGAUGUUUGAGUUCAUGGUUGUUUACUUUUGGGAAGUUUGGUUUGUUCUUCCUUAUUUGUAUUCUCCCAGCAAGCAUUGUCGUGUCGGUCUUUCUUCCUUUUUCUUCACAGAUACUUGAAGAUGCUUACCAUAAUGAACAUGGUGAUUUGCCAUGAUUGAAUUCCUAGCAGCCAUUAUUUUGCUUGAAAAUUUGUUCCUUAAUCAACAUAACAUUGGGGUGAUGAGUGGGGCGGUGCUCUACAUCAGGGACGAUCUCAAGAUCUCGUCCACCCAAGAAGAGAUCCUCAUUGGCUCCCUCAAUGUGUGCUCUCUCAUUGGGUCCUUGGCCUCAGGGAAGACCUCGGACAUGAUCGGGAGGCGCUUCACCAUCAUCUUGGCUGCCACAACCUUUUUGUUGGGGGCUGUUCUCAUGGGCUUUGCCCCCUCCUUUGCAUUCCUCAUGGCGGGCCGGGUAGUCGCCGGCAUAGGCGUCGGCUACUCCCUCAUGAUCGCCCCUGUAUACACUGCCGAGAUCUCCCCUGCCAUGUCUCGUGGCUUCCUCACCUCUCUCCCCGAGGUCUUCAUAAAUGUUGGGAUUUUGUUAGGCUAUGUAUCGAACUAUGGGUUCUCGAGCUUACCCCAGAACAUAAAUUGGCGGAUAAUGCUGGGGAUUGCUGCCGUUCCGGCCAUGCUCUUGGCUCUUGGUGUGCUCAUUAUGCCUGAGAGCCCGAGGUGGCUGGUCAUGAAAGGCCGUAUUGAGCAAGCGAGGAAUGUGUUAAAUAGGGUUUCGGAUAGCAAGGCUGAGGCGGAGGAGAGGUUGGCAGAGAUCCUGGAGGCGGCAGAGGCAGGGGAUGUUGUAUCAGGGGGUCACGUAUGGAAAGAAUUGUUUCUGAGGCCGUCGAGGCCUGUACGUCGAAUGCUAGUUGCUGCCAUCGGGAUCAAUUUCUUUAUGCAAGCCUCGGGCAAUGAUGCAGUGGUGUACUAUUGCCCUGAGGUGUUUAAGGCGGCCGGACUGAAGAAGAAGAAGCAGCUUUUCGGGGUGACGAUCUUGAUGGGGUUUAUGAAGACUGCAUUUGUGUUGGUGUCGGCCUUGUUCUUGGACAAGGCAGGAAGGAGGCCAUUGUUGUUGGGGGGCUCAAUAGGGAUGGCGAUUUCAUUGGCAGGGCUCGGGGUGGGCGCUUUGGUGGGCAGUCGCGUUGCGUGGGCGGUGGUGUUGUGUGUGAUCUCGGUGUGUGCCACCGUUUCGUGUUUUUCUGUAGGGUUGGGACCCAUAACAUGGGUUUACUCAUCCGAGAUAUUUCCACUGAGGCUGAGGGCGCAGGGGACUGCCGUAGCGGUGGGGGUGAACAGAGUGGUGAGUGGGGCUGUGUCCAUGAGCUUCCUCUCAGUUACUAAGGCAAUAUCAAUGGGAGGGACAUUCUUUGUCUUUUCGGGGAUAUCGGCUUUGGGGGCUAUCUUCUUUUAUGUGUUUCUGCCUGAGACAAAGGGGAGGACCUUGGAGGAGAUGUGUGAGGUCUUUGAGGACAAGAAGAGAGGAGUUGAGGAAGACAGAGGCAGAGGAGAAGUGCAAAUUGGGAAGUUGGGUGUGGGAUCAGCUGAGGGAGAAGAUGUUGCAGGUUGAGGAGGUUCCACCUCCAUUAGAAUUAGAGUAGAAGCCACUAACAUGUUUGCCUCCAUGUGAAGUAGGGUAGAAGCCACUAACAUGUUUUCCUUUUUCUUUUUUUGACAAAAAUCAUGCAGUAGACCCAUAGGAUUCUGGAUUUGUUAAUUUUGACGAAUUUCAAAUCCAUGGUUGCUUUUAGUACAUUCACUCCUUCAAAGUUCAAAGUAAUUGAAAACUAUUUAAAUAGUU